UAUUUGUUGUUUCAUUUUUAUUUGUUUGUUAAUUAGUCAAAAGUAAAUUUUUAAAAAAGGCAGGCGGGUAUUUCAGGCACACCCUUUAGUAUGUCCGUAAAAAAUGCUUAUAUAAAACAAGUAUUGUUGAAAACCCUUACCCAUACCCUUACCAAAUCUCAACCCUGAAAGUUAGGGUUACGCUCUGGGUUUGGUUUGCGUUCCUUGUAUGUUACCGCAGGGCCUCAUGUGGUGCCUUACACUACUAAUGCAAUUAUUGAUCAAUAAUACAAAAUGCGUUUAUUGAUUUCACUAUCAUUAUACAUUUUCAUCAUCCAAAAGAUAGUAUCAUAUUGCAAUAUCUGUGACACCAAAAGUAUCAUUAAUAUGGGCAAUCAUAAGGUUGUUACAGGUUGCAUAAAAUGCUUUAGAUAUGUUCAGAAACUGGUGGUAAAAGCACCAAGAACAACAGCAAAUUAUUGCCUAACUUAUAGAUCUUAUUUCUGACUAACUAUAAUGAUAUCAUUAACACCGAACUAAAUAAUUCAACAAUAAAUCAUUUAAUGUUUUAUAUAAUUAAUUUUAUUUUCUUGUAUUAUUUAUUUAGAAUUAUAUAGACUAUUGUAUGAAACGUUUAAUGUAAAUAUUACUCACUAUAUAUUAAUAUAUGGAAUAAUUCUUUAGAAUCCAAUAAUUAAGCUGAGAUGUCGUCAGAAGAGUCAGAGCCAACUCGCUCAAGAUCACGUGGAUCAAAUAAAAAAUUGAAGAAAAGGGAAGAGGUUUCGUCGUCAGAAGAAUCGGAGCCGACUCGAUCAAGAUCUAGUGGAUCAAAGAAAACUGUAGAAAAAAUGCUGCUUCAGUUAAUGGAACUGCAAAAAGAUACCUUACUACGUGUGAAGCAAUUAGAAGAAGAUAAAGAUACAGUAACGUUUUCUUCACAAGCCACAAACGAUUUGUCCUACGAUGGCUAUCGUAUUUACCGUCGACGGCAUCGUGGGCCCACUUCCUACAGCUCCUACAGGAAGUGGGUCAACAAUAACGGAGUUGACAACUCCUCUUUUAAUUGGAAGGGAAGAAUGAGAGGAGGCGGCAGAGGUCGAGGUGGGUGGCAUAAUCAUAAAAAUUUUAACUUAUUUAAACUUUAAAUAUAUUGUAAAU